AUGGUCCUAUCUCUUGGCUUAGUGAAUAUUUUCCUUUUCUUCUUUGCUGCAUUCCUCCUCUACUGUUACAGCAACAUCUUCCGAUACUACUUCAGGAUUCAUUAUUUAAAUGGAUGGAUGCUUCUCUGGUCUAUUGUUCUGGUUCCUGUUAUGGUGCUGCGGGGAAGAAAUGUGGCAAACAUGAGACUCCUUCGCCUCGUCAUGCUGCCCUUGAAAUAUAUCCUUGGCAUUAAGCUGAAUGUGCGGGGUGCCACAAACCUAAACCUGAAAGGGCCCUAUGUCAUGGUUGCCAAUCAUCAGAGCAACGUGGACUUCCUUGGGAUGUUUCAGAUAUUACCAGACCGCUGUACCUUAAUUGUAAAGAAGGAGAUCUUAUAUUAUUUCACUAUUGGCAUGGUUACCUGGUUAAGUGGCUUCAUUUUCAUUGACCGCAAAAACAGAGAUCCCACCAUCAAGAUCAUGUCAGAGGCAGCGGACACCAUGGUUCGGGACAACCUGCGACUUUGGAUAUUCCCUGAGGGAACUCGAUCCUACAGCUCCACGAUCCUGCCCUUCAAAACUGGAGCCUUUCAUCUUGCUGUAAAAGCCCAGGUGCCAAUUAUUCCUGUGGUUAUGUCUUGCUACUUGCCGUUCUUCAACACAAAGCUGAACAAAUUCACAACAGACAUUCAGAGAGAUAUCCCACCAGUUCUAUAGGCAAUUGGUUCAAUUGUCGAAGCACUCUUAUUGUCAGGAAGUCCCUUCGAAUGUUCAUUCAAAAUCUACCCUCCUAUAACUUCAAAUCUGAUCCUACCCUCUGGGGAAGCAGAGCCUUCACUUUUGAGGUAUUUAAAGAGUGCAGUUGUGUUGCACUUUAAUCUUCGCAAGCCCAGCUUCCUUAACCUUUCCUCAUAUAUUGUGAAGUUCAUAUGAGCUUCAAUAGUGUUGCCGAGUUUGGGACUAGAUAUUCAGAAGUGAAAUAAAUUUUCAAACUACUUUCCCCCAUUUGCUCACCGUGAUGGUUACUGAGACAAUGGAAAUAUUCUUGAUUCUAUAGGGGAUGUUCAUAUCCUCUCUUUGCACUGUUGAUUUAACCUAUAGCCUAUUUCCCUCUUGAUAUCAGAGCAUAUGAUUCACUUGAUCAUAGAAUCAUGCUAGAGGAUAUACAAAUGCCUAAAGUGUUGUAACUGGGGAUGUCUAAAUCCUCCAGUGUAGCUCUAUAACCAACAUCCAGCCAGGAUGGAAAAGACCAACUGUACUAUAUUACAACAACUCUCAGAUCAGUGCUUACUAUACAUGAGUCCGAAACAUAGCGGGUGUCCAAACAGACAAUUCCACACUUAAUGUAUGGAUCGUGCAUAUUAUGCAAAUAAAUUUGCAUGUUAUGCAAAAGAGACUGCUUGCAUUUGCAGAAUUAGAAUAUGAUAGCCAUAUUGGCAGGGUACGUGUAUGGAAUAGACACAAACCUUUUUUAAUGCCAAGGAGGUUCUAUACAUUAUGCAACUGAAUUCAUUUGUAAA